UCAUUCUAAGAUUGCUUAUAGACAUUACCUCAAAAUACUUCUCAAAGUAACGCACAAAGCUGAAUUAUUUAAUUCUACAACCGCCUUUUAUAAAGACCCCUACGAAAGCUAAGAAACUUGAGGUGAAAGAAAUGAUUGAAGCAAUGAAAUGUUACUGAAAUGUCAAUGCAGGUUUCUCGCGUUGGACCUCCCUGACCUAGUCACAUGACUCACCACCUGUGGUACCUGUUAACUAGGCGUGAUCCUGAACAGGAAGAUAGAGCGAGAAGUGAAGCGAAUCCAAGCAAUUUAUCUUUGUUAUACUCAAUUCCAUCUCCACAAGUUCUUCGAUUUACCCGGAUUUCCGCCUUUGCCCUGGCGCCAGCGUGCAUACUUUGGAAUGAUUCCAGUGAAAUUCCCGUGAGAUGUGUUCAAUGCCGUGGGUUUAGUUUGAUCCCACUCCUAAGAUGUCGGACGACGAGAAAAACGCUCCUGACAAGGAACAUGGAGUACAGGCACCUCCAGCAAUUCCUUUACACGAGGAGCCAGCCGCUAAGACCACCAAGUGGGGUAUACCUAAACGAUACGUGCUGUUAGCGAUGACAUGGCUAGGAUUUAUCAAUAUCUACUCCAUGAGAGUCAACCUUAACGUCGCUAUUGUUGGCAUGGUGAACGAUCAGACAAUUUCCAAGGGACGUUUACAUUUCAUAAAGAAAGCGGAGUUCAACUGGGAUUCGGCACUUCAAGGUCUAGUACUCGGAUCUUUCUUCUACGGCUACUGGGUGCUACAAAUCCCAGGGGCGUGGCUUGCCAUGCGUAUCGGGGGAACACGGGUAUUUGGCUACGGGGUAUUCGUCACCUCUCUUCUCGCCCUCCUUACACCAGUUGCGACACGCUACAGUGUCUGGGGUCUUGUCGGUGUCCGGAUAUUUCAAGGGCUUUUUCUGGGUGUGACCUUCCCUUGCAACCACGCCAUAUGGAGCAAGUGGGCACCUCCCUUCGAGAGAAGCACGCUGAUUACCAUCUCCAUAGCAGGUUGUCCGUUUGGUAACAUUGUAGCGAUACCACUGACCGGACUCCUGAGCAAGUAUGGUUUUGACGGGGGCUGGCCGUCCGUCUUCUAUUGCUUUGGUACCUCUGGUAUUAUUUGGUAUUGCUGUUGGGAGCUAGUGGUUCACGAAUCGCCUGCUACACACCCAACUAUCUCUAAAGAGGAGCGAGAAUUCAUCGAGAACAGCAUCGCUUCGUCUGACAACAAGGCGCAGUUCGAAGGACUCCCUUGGCAUCAUAUUUUGAGGUGCAAGGCUGUCUGGGCGAUCGUGAUUGGUCAUUUCGGCGCAUGCUGGGGCUACUACACACUCUUCACAGGAAUGCCCACGUACUUCAAGGACGUGCUGGACUUCGAUAUCGAGCAGACUGGUUUCCUCGCAGCUUGCCCGUACUUGUUCAAAGCACUUCUGGCUCCGCUGGGAGGGAUCUUAGCGGAUUAUCUCAUUAAGCAUAACAUCCUUAGGAUUGGCACCGUUAGAGUCAUCUUCUACGCAGUAGGUUGCCUCCUGGCUGGAGUUUUCAUCGUUGCUACUAGUUACGCUACAACACGGCAUAUGUGCGUGAUUUUCCUAGUACUAGGGGUGGGGUUCUCGGGCCUUAAUGCUAUAGGGUACGCAGUCAACCAUCUUGAUAUAGCCCCUCAGUACGCUGGCGUGCUCAUGGGCCUUACAAACACAUUCGCGUCAACGCCUGGCUUCAUCAGUCCUCAGAUCACGGGGAUAGUCACAAAACACAAGAAACAAGAAGAGUGGCGAAUCGUGUUCUGGAUCACGAUGAUUGUGUAUGUGGUCGCUGUAAUCGGUUACUCUGCGCUCUGCUCAGGCUACAGACAGCCCUGGGCAGGGGGUCGCGACCAGGUGGAACUCUCGGAGAAAGAGAGGGAUGAAGAGAAUGGCAAAAAAGGUCAUAGAGACAUAUUACAGUAAAACGAGGAGGAAGACAAAAUGAACCAGGCAAUAAAGCUACCAGAACAAGACAAGGAAUUGAAUAGCACAAAGGAUCAAAUUGAGUUAUCCGAGCAACACACGGGCGAGAGAGAUGACAAUUUACGAGAUGCGAAAACUGUGAAAACACAGACAGCGAAGGAAAGUAAAGACAGAACUCUCGGUAGCGACAAGGAAACAGCGACUCAAAGCUAGGCGAGACAGAGCGAGGAAACACCAUCGAGACACACGAAAUGGAGAAAGUGUAGUUAUGACCUGCUCUCUAUUGUGUAUGUCGAGGUUGCAGGUAUGGACUCAACGUCACCUUGGCAACCGUGCUAUCCUAGAGGUUGGUGGUUCUCAGCGAGCCAGAACUUAUUUCUAACCCGUCAGUGUUAGAAAAAUGAACAAAGGCGCAAGUCAAAUAUUGUAAAUAUUUAUAUACGCUUUAUACGAAUAGAGCUCUGACUUUAUAUGGAUGGAACCCCUUACUGUAGCUAAUAGAAUAGGCGCAGAAAAUAGUAAAAUAUUAACAAAAAUCUGCAUUAGAACACGCACUAGAAUCAGAUAAAUAUAGGUAUAUAUUGAACUUCAAAGUAAUGAGUAUUAUAUUUAUGCGACUUCUGAAUUAUUGACAGAACCAUAAAGGGCUUUUUUGAGAAAAUGUUUUUAA